AUGUCUGACACAUGCCUGGUGCUGGAUGCAGCCUCUCCAUACCCACGAUACGACACGUGGUACUCCAGCUGGUGCACUUCUGGGGAACGUACUGCUGUCUGUCAAAAAGUUUCGGACGUGACGCUGGACCUCGCGGGAGUCCCAAACGACAUCCAGGUUCUCUGUGUGGACGGACAGAGUGGCUUGGUGCUUCAGCCGGACGUCUUUGCCAGGUUCCACAGCCUCAGGAGUAUCUACAUCACAGGUUUGUCUGCCGUCUUCCCUGGGGCCUUCAGGGGGCAGACCAACCUACACCUGCUCUCCCUCGUCAGUCCACAGCACACCAACAUGUCGGUGGCAUCAAAGGCGCUCGAUGACCUGCAGAGUCUGGAGGAGCUCACCCUUGGGAACUGUGUGUUGAGUGGAAUGGCACCAGAUGUGUUUGCUGGGCUGAAGCAGCUGAAAAGCCUUCAUGUCUCCUCCCAAGACGAGGAGUUCUCCGAGCUUCUGUGCAGACUGCUGGAUGUAAGCGCCUCGCUGGAAAAUCUGCAGGUCACCAUGGAGAAAGUGGUGACGCUGACGACCCCAAACUGCUCUGGCGGGCUGAAGGCAUUCAACAUCACAGGCAUCAUUUUAUACUUUGAUACAUUUCAAAAUGCCCAGGAGUCUGAAUGGGAUAGAUGCCGAUCACUGGAGAGCAUUGCCCUCUUCUCAUUCCUGGACAUGUCAUACAUCAACCUCAGCUUCAUCCACACCCUGAGGCAUACUCUCAGAGUGGGCAAUGUCAGGCCCAGUGGCUCUGACACCUGGAAUAUGCAGGUGUUCAACCUAAGCCUAAUUUUUCGGACGUUCCCUCAACGGCUGGCUGACCUCUCCAUCCAGUCUAUGAGCCUCAUGACCCUCUUCAUUGCUGUCGAUAGCGCCCCAAAUGUGGACCUGAAACUCAGCCUCUCUGGUGAGCAGAUCGUUUUACUGGGCUGCGAGAGGCGCUUUGUGAAAUCCGUGUCCAUCCUCCAAGUGGCAGCCAAUCAGUUGUUAUGUGGACCAGACUCCAGCGCUGCCCUUGGACACUUCAGCUCUGUGGUGCAGCUCCGUCUCACUCAGCGCUCUCUGAGCACAGCGCAGGACCUGUCUGGCCUAAACAACCUGCUGCAUUUAAAACACCUGGACCUUCAAAGCGUCAACUUCAUUAAUCUGCCAGGCCUGAAUGUCAUGUUCCAUAAUCUCACCAGACUGGAGAGCCUGGGUCUGUAUGACUGCUGGUUGGAUUCCCUAGAGGGAUCCUUGGCUGUAGACCUGAGGUCUCUCAAAUAUCUGUACUUGGAAAUUUCAUCUGAGACCAGUAUGACAGAAGCCUUUUUUGAGCCCCUCGUCAGUCUCAAAAGUGUGAUAAUAGUCCAACUUCAGCUUCGCUGCAACUGUGAGAACGCCUGGUUCAAUGAGUGGGCGAGGCAGCAGAAGCGCGUGGAGGUGUUUCCGUAUCGCUCCCAGCAGGGGGCACUGCAGUGCCAGAGCGGGGGCAGGCUGGAGGAGCUGGCGCGGUACGGACGGGAGCACUGCAGUCUGGACGUGGGCUUGGUGCUGUUCGGCAGCACGGCGGCCUUCCUGUUGCUCUUCAUGCUGGCUGUGCUGGUGCAGCAGCUGGCCGCAGAAUACCUGCGGGCCUUCUUCCACAUCGCUCACGGCUGGCUGGACGAGGCGCUGCGCCGCAACACCAGGGGGCGCUAUCUCUACGACGCGUUUGUGUCGUACAGCGGGCGGGACGAGCGCUGGGUGGUGGAGCAGCUGCUGCCGGGGCUGGAGCGGAGGGGCCCCCCCUUCCUGCGCCUCUGCCUGCACAGCAGGGACUUCCAGCUGGGGAAGGACGUGGUGGAGAACAUCACCGACAGCCUGUACCGCAGCCGCCGCACCCUGUGCCUGCUCAGCCGCCACUUCCUGCGCAGCAACUGGUGCUCGCUGGAGCUGCGUCUGGCCACCUACCGGCUGCAGGUGGAGCACAGGGACGUGCUCGUCCUGCUCUUCCUGGAGAAGAUCCCCUCGCGCCUGCUGACCGCCCACCACAGGCUGGCACGCCUGGUCAAGACCAGAACCUACAUCGACUGGCCACAGGACCCCGCCCAGCAAGAGGCAUUCUGGGAAAGACUGUGGGCCAAACUGGCCCCACCCAGGGACUAGGAGAAGGAAUUAUGUACCGGUCCAAUGUAGAGUACGUACUUCAUAUUUGUAUACGUGGCAGAGGGUUGCCAUAUCUCAGUCAUCCAGGAUCGUCCGGAUAUGGCCCAUAAUGCAGUGCUGAAACUGAUUUGAUUGGAUAAUAUUGGAUAUAACAUUUAAAUGGCAGAAGCAGAAACCUCAAUAUACAAACUCUAUUUGUGAAUGUGUACUUUGAUAUAUUUAGCUGCUUGACUAAAAGCACUAGAUCUGAGAACAUCACAUCCUAUUGACCUUCAAAUGAACUCUUUUGACCUUCACAUCAACUCUUUUGACCUACACAUUAACUCUUUUGACCUUCACAUUAGCCAU